AUGAGCUCAAAUGCGAUUUAUGGUAGUAUCCAAAAGCGCUAUGGAGAAUUAGCGGAUCGCUCUUCUGCUAACUUGCAGAAGAAAACCGAAGAAAGAAUUGCCCAAGCAUUUGGUUACGAGUCUGCAGACCUCAGUUCCAUCCCUCAGUCUGCAAAUAUGGGAGUGAGCUGUGGGAAUCCAUUGGCAUUUGCCAACUUGAACGAGGGUGAAACAGUUAUUGAUCUCGGUAGCGGUGGUGGCAUCGACGUUCUGCUGGCAGCCAAGAAAGUUGGCACCAGAGGAAAAGCCAUUGGUAUUGACAUGACUAAGAGUAUGCUCAAGCUAGCCCGCAAAAAUGCGAAGAAAUCGGGUACUUCCAACGCCCUCUUCAUCGAAGCUUCGAUCACGUCUAUUCCUCUACCCGACGCCACUGCCGACUGUAUUAUCAGCAACUGUGUGGUGAACCUGGUUCCGACAGUUGAGAAGCCUCUUGUGUUCAACGAGAUCUUCCGCUUGUUGAGAUACGGUGGGCGCGUUGCCAUCAGUGAUAUCCUAACCCGAAAGGAGCUACCACUAGAAGUGGCCAAUAGUCUAUCUUUCUACAUCGGAUGCAUAGCAGGGGCUAGCCAGCUUCACGAAUAUGAGAAAUACCUCUCUGACGCAGGAUUCAAAGAUCUCGUGAUUGUCGACACCCACAGUGACAUCAAUGUUUAUAAAGAUUUGGUUCAGGCGCAGAUGGAUCUUGGAGAGACAAGUGAUCAGCUGAAACCGAAUUCGUGCUGUGGAGGAAAACAAGAAAAGAACACCACUGGGGGAGAAUUGUUGAAGUCUGACUUUAACGAAUGGGCUGGAUCGUUCCAAAUUUAUGCAGUCAAACAAUAA